AGUAAUAUCAAUUAAAAUUGUGUAGACACACACAAAAUCGAAACACAAAACAGAACGAAAAUACCAAAAACAAAAUAUAAAAUAUACGAAAGAGCGUAUAAAACGUAAAAAAACCAAUUCGUUUCAUUGCAACCGUAUGUGUUGUUGUCUUUGAGUGAGUUUCAUUUUAAUUUUUCGUUUUUGAGCUUUGUGAUUUUUGGACUCUUACAUUGAAGGUUUGGGUCCAUUGAUGUUUAUAAUUUUUUUAUACUCUUAAUUUCCAUCCGCCGCUUAAUAACAAUAUAUGAGGAAAAAAAUACAAGCAACCAGAAAACCACUAAGUUUCAAUAUCAUCGACGACGAUAUAGCUGGCUAACCAACCAACCAGCGAACGAACAAUUUCUUCUAUAUUACUUCAUUCAGUUUUUUUUUUGUUCAACUCUAUUCCACCUCUUUCACACUCUGGCGCAAGGGAAACAACGAAACAAACAAAAGUGAUUUGGAAGAUUGGAUAACUACUUAAAGUUGUAAAACAAUUUGAACAUCGCAAAAAUUUACUUUUGAACAGCAUGGAUCUCGUGUAUCUAUUACGAAUAAAAGCAAAAAUACGUCCAUAUUAUUACGGAUUAUAGGAAAAUAGUGAGCCAAAUUGAAUAGGUGCUUUUCUGUAACGCACUUUCCGUUUACAUAAGUGCAAGUGCAAGUGCAUAUGAUUUGAGUUUAAUGGGACAACAACUAAUCCUGCCAUUGAAUGAAAUAUCAUUCGACCAAAUGAUCACUAGUUGUUGCUGAAGUGAGAAUAGGGUCCCAGUUUGGUCCUCGUUGUGCUUUCCAUAGUGUCCCACUUGAGUUUGACAGUAUUGUGGCGAAAAUCAUUCAACUAUUUCAUCACACCAAAUAAGAUAGAUUAAUUUGAAGUGUGUGUUAGUCCUUGCUUCUUUCUAGUUCUUAUGAUUGUAGCAAAUGUAAAUCCAUAAAAAAUCACCAUGGUUUCAUCCAUCAUUACAAACACUUGAAAAAAAACUUCAAAAUCUGUUCAAUCAUACCGAAAAUAUAUCCAUAGUUAUAAAUGCACACAUUAAAUUCAUUUGGAUUUUUCAUGUUGGCCAAUUCACCAAUUCAUUCUCAACUGUGAAGUGGGUAUUUAAUUUCAAAGUGAUUUGAUUUUAAACAUUUUGCAUUCUAAUUGUAUCCGAUUGAAUUCCAAGGAGGAAUAGUGAUUGAUCAUAUUUAUCGUAACAAAAACAAAAUGAAUAUAACACCAAAAUAGUGUGAUGAGCUUUGAGAAUUGGGAAUGCACCAAUCAUAUAUAAUGUUUCAUUCGUCCAAAUGAUGUUCUUUGGUUAUCAAAAACAAUUGCCACUUCAAUCGACAGUGUAAAUAGCUUCACAGUCUUUGAUACAUAAUAUCAACAUGUUAGUGUCACUUGUGUAUAUGUGAUGAGUUUUCGGGAUGUGAUGUUAAAUUGAACUACUCUAAUUUACAGAAAAAAACUCACAAUCUCAUUGUUCCUCCCCAUUAGUCUAAUUACGGUAGCGAAACAAUCGACUGUCUUUACGAAUACAAUGACUGGUGUGCAAAAGAACGCAGAAAAAGUGUAGUUACAAUGCAUCGUAUAAAUUAUAUUGAAGUAUGACAAAAAACAGAAGGUUUCGAUGCACAUAGCCCCAAAAAUAUAGACAAUCACGGUUUGAGUACAAGUCUUGAGCCGCUCUUUUCGAUUUGUAUUGGUUUCUUCUUGUUACCACUGUACGAAUAUUUGCUAAUGCACAAGUGAGAAAGAUGCUGAACGAGCGAGGAGGAACGCAGAAGUUUUCACUCUUAUAAUUCGAUAGUCUACGAAUUUGCACGAAUAUUUUCCAAAUGGAUAUUUUGUUGACCGAUCUGGUGAUGUUAUUGUGGUGAACUUGUUUAUACGCUGGCCGAUUGCCGUCUUGCGUUAGAUAUAUACGUUGGCUUGUCAUGGUUAACUGUGUAUGUGACAACAACAAAAAUUUGGUUGUUAUUAUCAUCUUCAUGCAGAACUUGCCCUUGUGAACAAAAUAUUGUUCAACAUCAAUUGUAUCCGAUUGAGUUCACAAUUGUUCAUGGUAAAAGAUGUAUUACAUGUUGAAUGAGUAAGUUCGUGAGAAUAAGACAAAAGGUCAUACCAGCAAAACGAAAGAUAGUAAAAUAACGUCGAAAUUCAACACAGAACAAUAAAUCAACGACGACAGCGGCCAACGCAACGAAUGUUUACAAUUAACAACUAUGUCAUAAAACAUGAAAAAUUUCUUGGACCAAAUUAGGGAAAUGUUUGAAUAAGUCCAAAAAACAUUUAGUUUGAACGUUUAUUUUAAUGAAUUCACUGAUCGAUAUGAACUGAUUUUUCUUUUGUUCAAUGAACUUUUCAUUCGCUAAAUUUAUCCAAUUAGAUCAACUAUACUAAUAAAACGUAUAUUCCAUUGCAGGUUUAAAGGAUGACACCGGCGUUUUGAAAUGAUGGUAUAUGCCGCAAAGACUGGAAUAGAUAUCGAUAAUCAAGCCAAUUUCUGCUAAUUUCGUAUUUGUUACUCUCAUUUUUUCGUCUUAUUAAAUGUGCUUGUGCCAAAAUUUUAUCAAUAUUUACGUAAGAUACAAUGAACAAAUUGGAGUAUUCACGACGAAAUGGUACUCAGAAAAUUCGAAUUACAAUUCUAUGUGCGCGAAAUCUUGUCCGUCGAGAUCUAUUCCGUUUUCCUGAUCCGUUCGUGAAAGUUUCUGUGGAUGGCACUGGUCAAGUGUACACCACCGAACCAUCGAAAGCAACACUAUAUCCUAAAUGGAAUACUCAUUAUGAUUUGUUUUUGGGUCGAGGCGAUAGUAUCACAAUUUCGGUAUGGAAUCAUCGCAAAAUUCACAAAAAGCAAGGCGGAGGAUUUUUGGGAUGUGUCCGAAUUAGCGCCGCUACCAUUCAACGAUUAAAAGACACCGGAUACCAACAUCUGGACCUAAAUAAAUCAUCUGCAGAUGACAUUGAUCCAGUGAAAGGACAGAUUAUUGUUUCCUUAAUGUCUCGUGAUGGACCGAGUGGUAGUGGUAAUCCGUUAGCAAUUGUUGGACCAGGUGGUGAUAUUUUGGGGCCAGCAGACGAACGCGAGUCUGUCUCACCAACACAAGCAUCAAACGAGCAGCCGUUAUCUGCACAACGAGAGCGACUCAGUGAGAAUGAAGCCUCUUCAACAACACCCACCUGCACAAGUCCUGUAACGCAAAAUUUCAAUUUAGCCAAAGGCUCAAAUUUACCUGUCGAUGAAAGUCAGCUAAUUAGCAGGAGGCAUUCGUCAGAAAUUUUAGUUAAUUUAGGGAACGAAAAUCAUAAUCAAAACCGCUCAAACGAAGCAUCAAAUGGAAAUCCACACUGUGUGCGACAAUUAUCGGCUGAUUCGAUAACACCAACACAUACAAUGGCCGAAACGAGUACAUCGAGUGGAAGUCAAGUGAGUCAACACACACAAGUACCGCCAAAUGAAUCCACAAAACGUUCACAGCAUGGACAACAGAUAGGAAAUUUAGUCGGUGAUAUGAGUGCAGUAGCCUUGGAUAGUAAUAAUAGUCAGCAAAAGACAUCUCAACAGCAAUCUCGACCAAAUCAAACAACACUCGGUAAUCAGAAUAUUGGCACCAGCACCGGUAACACAAACGGAACACAACAAACGCAGACAAAUUGGCAGCAAACCAGCCUAAAUGCCGCUAAUGGCAAUAUCAAAACCAUUUCGUCGGAGAAUUCGACAGUGUCUCCAUCGAGAUCGGUUGCCGAAUCAACAGACACUCCAAGAGCUAUUGAUGUACAUCAGAGGCCGCGAAGAUCCUCACGUAAUUCAGAAGAUUCGUCAAAUCGUCGAUCCUCAAGACAAUCAACAUCGAAUGCGGCGGCUGUUAGUUUAGUUCGAAGCGGUGCUCAAUUCGCUCGUCCUUCAUUGAAUCUGCCGCAUGGAUACGAAAUGCGAACAACACAGCAAGGACAAGUGUAUUUUUAUCACAUACCAUCUGGUGUUUCAACGUGGCAUGAUCCUCGUAUACCUCGUGAUUUUGACUCACAAAAUAUAGCUUUAGAAUCAUUGGGACCUCUGCCAGCCGGAUGGGAGCAACGAAAAACGAAUACCGGUCGAGUGUAUUAUGUGGACCACAAUAAUCGUACGACACAGUUUACGGAUCCACGUCUGAAUGGUCACAUAAUCAAUAUGAUUCGUCGUCAAAAUCAAGCGAGUGCGGCGAAUAGUCCAUGUAUAUCAUCCAAUGGUUCAGCAAGCGCACAACAGCAACAACAAUCAGCCGCACACAGUGCAUCGAAUGGAACGCGUACAUGCAGCAGCAGCAGUAAUACCAUCAGCAGCAGUGCGAGCAACAGCAACAAUACCAGUAAUAGCACAACAAAUGAUUCGUCUCGCAUUUCAGCAACAAAUACAUCACAAUUACCUGUACCUGCUGAUCUACCACAGAGUUUGCUGGAAAGUUCCGAACUUUUGCCAAAGUAUCGCCGAGAUUUAGAUGUGAAAUUACGAAAUCUAAGAUCCGAAUUACAAACAUUGCAACCACAAUCUGGCCACUGCCGGUUGGAAGUAUCACGCGCUGAAAUAUUCGAAGAAAGUUAUAGACUGAUUAUGAAAAUGCGUCCAAAAGAUAUGCGAAAGCGUCUUAUGGUGAAAUUUCGCGGUGAAGAAGGUCUGGAUUAUGGUGGUGUUGCAAGAGAAUGGCUGCACCUUCUAUCACGCGAAAUGCUCAAUCCACAAUAUGGCCUAUUUCAAUACAGUAGAGAAGACAAUUAUACACUUCAAAUUAAUCCUGAUUCAGGUAUAAAUCCGGAUCAUUUGACCUAUUUUCAUUUUGUGGGUCGCAUACUAGGUAUAGCAGUUUUCCAUGGCCACUGUCUGGAUGGUGGUUUCACGACACCGUUUUAUAAACAAAUUCUCAAUAAAUCAAUUACAUUGAGCGAUAUCGAAGGUGUUGAUUCGGAACUACAUCGAAGUCUCACAUGGAUGUUGGAAAACAAAAUAACUGGAAUCAUUGAUUCAACAUUUAGUGUUGAAAAUAAUAGCUUCGGUGCAUUAGUUGUACACGAAUUAAAAGCAGGGGGCUCAAGUAUAGCUGUAACCGAAGAAAACAAACGUGAAUAUGUCAAAUUAUACGUAAACUAUCGAUUUAUGCGCGGGAUAGAGCAACAAUUUCAAUGGCUGCAAAAAGGUUUUUGUGACUUGAUACCGAUGCAAUUGCUGCGACCGUUUGACGAACGUGAAUUGGAACUAAUCAUUGGCGGCAUUUCUGCAAUUGAUGUUCAGGAUUGGAGGGCAAAUACACGACUAAAGCAUUGUACCCCAGAAACUCCACAAGUGCAAUGGUUUUGGCAGACAGUCGAGUCGUAUACGACGGAGAUGCGUGCACGUGUACUUCAAUUUGUGACUGGAUCGUCACGUGUGCCAUUGCAAGGAUUCCGGGCACUACAAGGUUCGACGGGUGCUGUUGGUCCGCGGCUAUUCACCAUUCACUUGACAGCCGAUGUUCCAACGCAAAAUCUACCAAAAGCGCACACUUGUUUCAAUCGCAUCGAUUUACCACCAUAUGAAACUCAACAACUUCUUUACGAUAAAUUAACACAAGCCGUAGAAGAAACAUGCGGUUUUGCUGUCGAAUAGGCCCAUUCGGCAAUUUCAAAUAAAUGCGAUCGAACGAAUGAAUGAAAAUAUUUGUAAUAUUUUUUGUCAAUUGUUCCAUCAACUGUUUCAAUAAUUGCCUAGAAAUACGUUUGCCGAUUUUAACAAACAAUCUGACAAUGUAGCCAUUUGCCGCAUUGUGCAUCCGAUUGUCAAAAUGGACAUGCAGCAUAUAUAUAUAUCUAUUCGUGAGACGUAAAAGAAUAUAUGUUUUUUCAAUUUAUAUUUUCUAAACCGCAAGUAUGUUUUCUGUUGAUUCUGUCAGCGUUAAAAGAGAGUAUGUUGACAUGCCUUGGGUUGUUUGGGAUUUUCGCGGUUUUCGCGGAACUGAUAAGAGAAUGCGACUUUGUAUAUUCGGCAAAUUUGUAGUACUUCAAGUCUUCUAUAUGUUUUUGUUGCAGCUAAUUAUGUUCUAUCAGUUGAGCUCAGAUUGCGCACAAAGAACUUUUUUUCUUGAAAUUUUUCACUUUUUCACGUCGCAUAUAAGAGAUAACUAUUUGCAGCAAAGUUAUAAUACAAAAACUUGAGUGCUACAAUUUCGUUGAAGACAGGCAUUAUUUCUUAUCAGUUCCGCAAAUGUGAAAAACCGGGGCAACCAUCCGAAAAACAACAAUGAACACACUAUUCGGUUUACUAUUGUUAAAUGCAAUGAAAGACCAAUGUGAAUUUUGAUGUAUUUGUAAUGUACGGCAUUAGAUUGUUGAAAAAUCACAAUAUAUUAAUUGCAUUAGUCUCUACUUCCGUUUAUUGCUUUGAAGUUGAAAAAACUUACGUUCUUCUCCGUCACCAAUAGAAGAAUAUAAACAUGAAACAUAAUUGGAACCAAUUGAAUUGUGAGGAACGAUUUUACUACGUAAAAUUUAGAUUUUUUUCAAGUGAUUUUGUGUAUAUUUAUAGAAAUAAUGAGUAGACAUUUUUUAGGGUCACUAUUGUUAUAUUAUAACCAUAAAAACGACGAAAUUGUAGAUUAUUGUUAAAAAAAAACUAUUGAUGGAAAAAGAGGAUACUUUUGCACAAACGGUCGACUAAUUCGUUUAAACUAUAGGACCGCAAAAUCAGUCAUCGUAAACCUCUGAACACAAAUCAGAAUUGACAAAUCAAAAACAACAAUUACGAUUAAUAAAAAAAAAUUGGAAAAAAAUUAAAUAAAACGAAUCAUUCUUGCAAAAA